AUGAUUUUAGUAUGAAUUUGGAUGGACUAGAUUUAAGUAGUUCCCGUUUUGACAUUCAAAUUAAAGUUUAAAAAUUUAUAAUGUCUCUAAACCGUAUUUUAAUCACAGUUUUUGUAAUCAUUGCAACGGCAAAUUUUUGCAUUUCUUACAAUGGAAGAGGUCAAACAAGAAGCUUAUUUGGAGAACGUUGCAACAAAACUCAGCGCUGCAAAAGCCAAUCUUGGUUAGUUUGUGACACCUACGACGGGAAUGUCUGUCGAUGUACGAGACCCGAUGAAAUGGUGUACGAACCUGCCAAAGAAAAAUGUGUAGCUCUGAUUGGGGAAAAGUGUAUGCUUGACUUUGACCAAGAGGAAUAUGGUUAUGCGACUGUGAGAUCAGAAAGGGUGGAGUGUGUUACUCAGGGAGAAUGUGACUCAGCAACUCGUCUAUGCAAAUGCCCCAGCGAAUAUUACCCCGACCCCGAUGGCACUGCUUGUUACAGACUCAAGAUGUACAAAUCUCCAUGCGAAAAUACGUACGAAUGCAGUGAAAAUUUUGUAUGUAAUAAUGGCACCUGUUCAUGCAAUUCUGACACGGAAGUCUACAAUGAAGAAUCUUUUGGUACCUACGUCUCCAACCGUGGUCACGUUUAUGUCCCAAGAAAUCGGUGCAUUAAGAAAGUUGGAGAAAUCUGUGCAGAUCAUCACUAUGAAUCAUCAUCGCUAAAAUAUUGUGUCCGGAAUGCGAAAUGUAGCGGAACUUGUAUUUGUGCCGAUGGAUAUUCACGAACAUCAUCAAACAUUUGUGGUAUUGGUCACGGGGCCAGUUGCACCGAUCGUCAGUCAACUUGCAGCGAUGUUCUUCAAUGUUCUGAUGGUGUGUGCAAAUGUCCAAACCCAGAUUUCGAGACGUACGACUCCACAGUGCAGUUGUGCAGGACGAAUUUGAGGGAACAUUGUGAUGAGAAUAAGACCUACUCCUGUGUCCAGGGGGCGGAGUGCAUGUAUGACCAGGAUCAGGACGAUUUCCACUGUAACUGUGAAGAGGGUUCUGUCCAAGUCGACGCAACGACUUGCCAAAAAGAGUAUGGACAAUCGUGCCAAUAUGGUUCUUCUGAACCCCAGUCUCGUUGUGACUCCAUUUCUAAUUUGGUUUGCAAAAUGGGAAAGUGUCAAUGCAAAAAUUCUGCCGAUAUUUACGAACCAGAACGAGGACAAUGUUCAACUCCUGUUGGAUUCUCUUGCGAAGAGCAUACAAAAGGAGAGCAUACAAAAUGUGUUCGGAAUGCGUACUGUACGAAAUCAUUUCCAACUGACCGUGGAGAUUUCGGAGGACGCUGCAAGUGCUUGGAUGGGUUUGAAAAGACACAAAAUCGCACCUGCAUUAAACCAUCAACAACUUUCCCAAUUUUAUCUCCAACUCUGCAGACAACGUUUCAACCGGAUGUCAAAGUCGGGAAAGAUAUCGAGGUAGCACCAACAACGCAAGAAAAUCUGAAAGAUGAACCAACCGUUUAAAAAAUUAAAAACUAUCCAGUGCUAUGAUUUAAAUAUGUAGAUGUUCAAUUUUCAAUUUUCAAUUUCAUUUGAAAACUAUUGAGUUAUUUAAUAAAAUAAUUGUAUACUAAAAUUUAACCAACAUGGCAAAAAUAUCAGUCAUUGAAAAAUUUUCCAAAA